AUGACACUCUUACAGGUGAUUCGUGCAUCGCCAAGCUACCUGUUCUUGAAAUGCUAUAUUAUUUGCACACUCGUGACCAUCUUCGCGGCGCGUCCCCUCUCGUCGCGGCUCAAUGCGAAUGGGCCGUGGACGUGGUAUGAAUCGACCGAGGGUGGACAUGGCAUGUCGUCCUGGGGCCGAAUGCAGGCCUUGAUUGCCAGUGCGACAACGCGCCGUGAAGGCCGUGCUGCAGAUUCAUCGUUUAUGCCUGCGUCGCUACAACACUGGUGGCAGGAGCGUCGUUUCCCCUUCCUGUUCCCCCCGCCGCAGAUCCCGCUGAGUCUCGCGCCGCCCACACGCAUGCCUUCGAUUCCUUUCCUGGAGCGCUGGAAACUGCGGUGGGAGGAUAUGGCGCAUCUACGUGGCCUUCUCAAGCUGGACGAGGCGGACCGCGAAACGUUUCCGGAGCUGGACUGGGAUGCGAAAGUGCGAUGUUCGUCGGAACUGCAUCCCGACGAGAGGAUGGCCAUUGCGAAGCGCCAGGUCCUCAUGUCAUCAGAAGGCACGAAUGCAUUGGCACACUUCCUCCAGCUGCCUGACGAUGAGUAUGUUCACCCUGAAGACGUGCCGCUGAUCGCGAUCGGCGGUUCAGGCGGUGGCUACCGUGCCAUGUACGGCUACGCAGGCUUCAUCAAGGAAGCUGAAAACACCGGUUUGUGGCAAUGCACGAUGUGGAGCUCGUCGGUGAGUGGCUCCUGCUGGACGUUGGCGGCUCUGUAUACCAUUGCGCAGGGCUCGACGGACAUUAUGAUAGCGCAUAUGAUGGCCAUGGCCAACGAGGAAGCGCAUCCCAUGAGUCUUCAGGCGAUGGACCGUGUCGCACGCUCAUCACGAGGUAUUUACUACCUGCUAGGCCCGCUUAUGCGCAAGGCUCGGAACAAGAAGAUGCAUUGCCGUAUUAUGGACUUUUACGCGAUGCUUGUCCUGACGUACCAAUUCCUCCCUCGUCCGCUAUCGCUGCUUGGCACAGACUACUCGUACAAUGGUCCUAGUGGCGAUACCGAAUCCGUCUCGCAUGAGCACUGGCUUUGGUCAAAGUACAAACCGACCGAGGGUUUGAGUCGUAAGUCGUUCCAGUGGUCGAAAGUAUGGGAACGACGCCAACUUGAUCAGGGUUUGCAGCCGAUCCCGAUUCUCACAGGCGUUCGUCGUGUUUGGCGUCCGCAUCCCAGCCCAGACUCGGCGUCCGGUGCGUCUCACCCGCCGUUGGUCGGCAGUGGCUACGACUGGUACGAAAUCAGUCCCUUGGAAUUGGGCUGCCGCAAUAUUGGUGCAUGGAUUCCGACAUGGGCGUAUGGUCGUCCGUUCGAGAACGGAAAAUCUCUCAUACGCGCGCCGGAACAGAUGCUCGCAACGAUUGCGGGGCAGUGCACAGGAGCGCCAGCCGGCCCCCUGACGGCGUAUAUCUCUACCAUGCUUGCGUCCAUUCCCCAGGGCACGGUCAUGUCUACUCUUCUUGGCUGGAUCAACGAUUUCGUGAUGAUGAAGCAGUGGGAGAAGCGAUGGGGCAAUCCCAUUCGGGCCGCCGACGAGCCGAAUCCCUUUUAUGGCCGUGGUAUGGACGACAUUGUGGUCGACAUGGCCGAGAACGAUGAUGUGCUUGCUCCUCCGUCGACCUCGUCGCCAUCGGCCGGGUCUACGCAAGACAUGUCGGCCGCACCCACUCAAGACGCGUCGACUGCGCCCACGCAGCCAACGUCGCCCGUCGAUCUGCCGUACCAGGGUACAUCUACCCCGCCCAUCGACUUUACAAAAGCACCCAUGCCUACCCCGCCGUCUCCCGCAGCUAUGUCGCCUUCCACGUUCUUGCAGCCCACGACAGCGCAGAUGAAUGCGUUCUUCUCACAGCUGCCGCGUCUGCCCGAGCUUGCCAUGGAGCAUACACUGCGUCCACGGCGUGGUAGUGAUGCCUCUGUGUCGACGUCCGUGUUUGAGAACGACCCUGAGACGUUCAUGGCGCCCCUCGAAGACCUGUCUGCUCGACAUCAUGAGAUGGACGAGCCGGAGGAACCACCGCGUCAGCGGCAGUGGAAGUGGGAGCACACGCGUCGCCUGCGUUUGAUGGACAGUGGUCUCUCGAACAAUCUGCCCAACCAUGUAUUGGCUCGUGAAGAGCGUCAAGCGGAUGUCAUCAUUUCUUUCGAUGCCUCGUCGGAUGUGAUGACUGGCGCUGCUAUCGCGCGUAUCCAUGAAUUUGGACGUGAAGUCGGCAUCGAGAUCAAGGCGCACCCUAAUGCCCGCGAGCCCAUUGAUAGGGACGAGGCGCCACGAACUGCGCCGAAGCCCAUGACAUCGUCGUCUGACCAGUCGCCUGAGAGUGUCGAGCAGGCCGUGCAGAAUGAAGCCGCCCAGAUCCGCGCCAAGUUCGAGCCCAAGUACGCUCAGCGUCUUGAUGGAUGGCGGACCAAGAAUGGGCCAUCUACGGAUCGUGAGCCCGACAUCAACUUUGUGUAUUGUCCCCUGCUACCGAAUGCCGUGCAGCCAGGCUUUGAUCCUACGACAGCACACUACAGUACGUCCUACAACCUGAUCUGGACCCCUGAUCAAGUCCGUGCGUUGCUCCGUACGGCGAUGGCGAACGUGGAAGAGGGCAGUCAUGCUAUUGGUAUCAUUCGCGAGGCGGUGCGUGAGGCGUACGAACGCAAGAAGAAGGCUCGGUUGGCCCGUGAGGCCAAGCAUCCCUCUGUCAAGGUGACGGCGCCAGCCACGCCUCCGCCAGCCUCGCCCACGGCGUCGCCCAACGAGCCAUCCGCCGCUGCAUCGGAAGCUGGGCCGGCUGUGUCUGUUGCCAUGCCGGCCGCCUCAGCCACAUCUACAACACUCCCAGACGUUCAUGCUGAACCGCCGGUCCGCGCAGAUCCGCUGUCGAUGCUAGCCCCGGCGAUUUCGGCGCCCUCGUAA